CAGCAUCGUUUAUUUCUUCUCCUAGUUGUGACUAUUCGAGUGGCCAAUCGGCUAGAGUAUAUUCACGUCUUGUGUUCUAGCAAGACUUUGUCUACCCAAUAUCAGAUGAAAAUUCACUAUACUUACACAAUGUCACAAUUCCCACAUUCACUUGUAUAAAUAUCACCCUUUCACCCAUGAGAAGCUCCAUCCAAGGUUCAAAAGCCUAUUCGCCCACAGACACCUAGAUUCAAAGAAAUUGAAACUGUCACCACCCCACCAAACUACCACAGACCCCACUCAAGACAUGGAGCCCCCCAGCGAACCCACCCGUAGGCCCCCCUAAUUCCGCCGCAACUCUGCGCCCGCUCACACGGGCACUCGAGCUUCACGGUACCAAUGGUUCCAUGGGCCCCUCCGCAGCGGUCGUCCGCAUUUCCACAACUUCUGUAGGGCUAUGUGGGAUUGCGUGGAGCACGGGCUGUCUUACCAUCGCCUCCUAAUGGAAGCCGAUCGAACGAUGCCAGAGCUUCAAACCAACGAACAACAUAACCUCUUGGAAGUUCAGCAACAAGCGCUGCAAGCCUUCGAGCAGUUCGAGGCGGAUAUCGAGAGGGAAGGGAGCGAAGAUGCUCGUCGGGUUGGGCUUCAAGCCCUCUCGAAGAAUAUGCUCAUGCUAGUCUUGCUGGUCAAUUUCGCGUCAGCGUAUGCGAAUAACAGACGGGAUGAGGAGGCUUUUGCGUUUGUACUCCGCAUGUUGAAUGUUGGAGAGCAGACAGCGUCUGUUAUUGAACAAGUUGAUAUCGUUAAAAACGAGAUGGACAAGGAGUGGCACCAGUGUGCGGAAGAGUAUGCCGUGCGUACUGCCACAGGCGGCGAAGAGCGCACAGAUGUCGUCCUAGCAAAUGUAGGGCCGGACCCCGACGUCGAGGCGUUGGGUGAGCCCCUGCCUUGGGAAGUCCCACAGUUCAACGACAACGGCCCAUCCCCUGGCGAAAGCGACAGUGCUGACCAGUGCCCGGAGAAACAGCGCUGUUUUUGUCGUGAGGCGUAUAGCGAAGAUGAUCCUCCCUUCAAGCUGUCUUGUGGGAACAUUGUUGGCAAGUCGUGCAUGCAGAAGUGGAUUACCACGGUGGCGAGCAAUAGCCGCAGUGCCGGGCUGAACUCCUCAAACCACGAGCGCAUAGGCCAGUGCCCGAGUCCGACCAGAUUACUCAGAUUUUCCGGGGCUGUGUUGCUUUGACGCGACUUACGGAGCAGCUAGUGGAUGUCACCGAAGUCAUCU